AUGUUUAAACAUCACUAUCUAUCUAUCUAUCUAUCUAUCUAUCUAUCUAUCUAUAUUUGUCUUUUCUUACUUCCUCUCUUUCUCUUUUUGUCCUGUCUAGGGGCUUGGCUGACGAUUAAGUUGAAACUGCUUUCCUUCUUUCUUUCGUCACGAUGGGCUUGGGUGAUGAUUAAGCUGAAACUGCUUUCCUUCUCUCUCUCUUUCAUCUCAGUAUGGCAUCAUUCUCCUUUUGGAUCUUCCUUUCUUUCCUUUUCCCAUAAGUACCUCCUUUUGAGAUCUUUUCUCGCUUUCUUCUUUUAUUUUUCUAUAAGCAUCUGCUCUUGGGACUUGGCUAUCUAUCCAUCUAUCUCAAUUUCAUCAUAUCUAUCUAUCUAUCUAUCUAUCUAUCUAUCUAUCUAUCUAUCUAUCUAUCUAUUAUAUAUCUGUUCAUAUUUAUCUAUCUACCUAUCUGCUCAUAUCUGUCUAUCUAUCACUCAAUCUGUUCAUAUCUAUAUCUAUUUUAAGCACCUCAUAUCUAUCUUCUCCUUAUAUUUAUCUAUAUCCCUAUCUAUUUAUCUAUCUAUAUGUAAUCAUAUCUAUCUAUCUAUCUAUCUAUCUAUCUAUCUAUCUAUCUAUCUAUCUAUCUAUCUAUCUCAAACUUUUCAUAUUUAUCUAUUGAUUGAUCAAUCUCGAUCUCUUCAUAUAUACCUGAAGCUCCUUAUAUCUAUCUAUAUCACUAUCUAUUUAUCUAUCUAUAUGUCUCAUAUUUAUCUAUCUAUCUAUCUAUCUAUCUAUCUAUCUAGAGAGAGAGAUAUAUAUAAUUAUAGCAAUCUCUCUUUCUCUCUCUCUCUCACUUUGUGUUACACAACCAGAUAUGGCACUUUCAGUAGAUCAAGGAUUAGCAUGCUUCAGUCGUGUAGUAAAUUUGAUAUUCACUGGCUGCUCCAUUAUUAUAGCCAUGUGUCAGACUAA